AUGAAUGAACAAAAAUCUGCAGAAUAUUACCAAAGAUUCCGGGAAGUCACUGAGAAGGUUUUAAUAUUGAAAGUUGUUGCUUAAAUGUUUUCUAAAAGUUGUCUCCUAGGAAGUUAACGACAUCAAAGAUGUCAUAUAUCAACGGGAGACACUUAUCAGCGAAUGUAAAGGAUUAUGCGAACGAUUAGAAGAACUUCCAAAGCGAUUAGAGCAUAAAAUUCUGGUCUGCUUUACUUCACUUUCUUCCCAAAUUUUCAAGUUCUAGGCACCUGUUUGCGCCGUUGGAUAUUUUCCUGCCAAGAUUGUAAGGAGUAAUGAGGUAAAUUUUCUGAAUUUUCAACCAAUUUUUUCUUCGUUUUUGGUUCUAAUGUCUAUCGGCGAUGAUUAUUUCGUUGAAUGUUCUACCUUCACCGCACAGAUAGUGCUAAGAAAGCGAAUCGAAGGUUUUUUUUUUGUUCCAUCUGUGGAAAACUGGUUUGCAGAAUACGAAAAAAAUGUUGAAAAAGGCAGGAAUUCAAUCAAAUUGAGACAAGACAAGCUUGAUUACUUCGAAAAAAUGUUCAAAGAGGGCGCAGUUAGUAUACUUUCUUUUUUUCUUUUUGAGUAAUUUUCUUUCAGGCGAAUCAAACAAGCGAUGAGGUAGAAAUCAAUGAGCCUUAUGAUGAAAAAGCAGAGGAAGAGUUCAGAAGUGAGCUUGAAAUGAAUUGAACAAUUCAUAAAAAAAGUUAAGAAAAAAGAAAAGAAAGAGCUGAGAAGAAGUCAUUCGAGCGGCUUCACAAGCUGCAGAAAGAUGUGGUCAAGGAUUUUGUAUCACCCGUAGAUUUCCAAGCGAAACCGAUCGCUCCAGUUGAAAAGGUCGCAGUUCAAAAAUAUGCAGUUGAACCGCCUGAAUGCCGAAGCGACGUUAGUUCUUUCUUUUUUUCUUGUUAAUGAUUUUCUGCUCAGGAAGAAGUUUUCCGUCGGCUGGAACAAUUAGAAGUACAGGAAAUAAAAGGGAAAGAAUUGGAGGUGCCGGAAGAUGAUCAAGAGCUUCCCAAACUGGAGAAGGAAGAUAUGGAGAAGCACAGACAACGCAUCAAAAGCAUUCCCGGAGUUUCUCCCGAGGUUUUCCUGCUUUUUGAAGGAAAAUAAUCUCUUACCACUUAUCUUGCGACAUUGCGGUUUUGUCAGGGUACCAUUCCAACAAAUAAAAACAGCACAUAUUUGUAUUUUAUUUGGAUAUUUUUCAGGAGUACAAGCUUUAUAUGGACAUCCUCGACAGCAUUGAUUCCAGUGAAGGCGAUGAUAGUUCAAGGUUCAUACUUUAAUACGCAAAAUUGUUCAAAUUACUUUUCCCCAUUUUCGGAGGGUGCAAGUUAAGAAGCAGAAUUUCAAAGAUGUUUUAUUUACAAAGAAUAUUUUUUCACUGUUCGCUUUAUAAUAAUCAAAUUUUCUUUCAGCUCAGAUGAACGGGAAGAUAGUGAAGAGCUGGACUCCGACGAUUUGUCCGAACCGGAAAUUGCUGAGAAGAAAAUCGUGAAGAAAGAAAAAAAAGUUGUAGCUGAACAUGGAAAAGUUGUGGAGGUCGAAGAAAGCACUCAGGUCAAUUUUCCUUAUUUCGGUUUGGUUUUCUGGAUAUUAGUUUGGUUUUUAGCUCAGAGUACAUAUCGCACGUAGUUUCAAAUAAAUGACAACCUGUUUUAUUUUCAAAAAGUUUAUUUUUCGAAAGCAGAAUUUUCAUAAAUUUCAUCAGAUCAUCUUUUGACGUUGGAAAAUCAAUUCUGAAAACUUUAAAGCGACGAUUUUUGAACUUGUUGGCCAGGAUGUGGCCUUCAAGGUCUUCGUUUAGCGCUUCGAGGUAGUGUUUAAGAACAUGUUCCAGAGAAAUCCGGAGGUAGGAUACAAGUACUUCCCUUCUAAAAUAUUUCUUGAACUCUGUCUCUUUUUUGCAUCACCCGCUAUAUGUAUUUGAGUGAAAUGAACUUUUGAAUAUUCAGGCUCUGUCUCGAAUCGAAAAAGAAAAGUCCGCUCAAAAUUCGAACGAUUCGAAGCCAAAACGCCGGCUGAGCGUGCGAUUCGCGGAGAAAUUGGAGGAGUCUCGGAUAAUUUCGGAGAUCGUUGAAAAGCCCCAAGAUUCAACGCCGAAAUCGCCGACGACGUCGAUUCUGAGGCCGACGGCCGCGACUCCAGUCGAUCGAGAGGCCGUCGAACGUGCCGAUCGCAUUACUGAAGGUUGGGUUUUCAGUGGAAAACGUGACUAAUAUUCGUUCGGAUACAAGAAAUCAGACUUUUGGAUGGAAUCAUAAAAAUGUUAUAAUUUUAAGAAUUGCAAAAUGAAACUACCAUAUUGAAGGCACAGGGGCAGUAAAAAACGGGGUUUCAGGUAAAAGCAGUAUCUUAUAUAGUUUUUCUUUGUGAAUCGAAUGGUGUACUCAAAAAAAUUACAGAUGUGACAGCUUUAGAAGAAAAACGCGAUUUCACUUUCCCGCCUUUCUUUUUGAAAAAUGCUUUGGAUCGGCCUACGGACAACUGUUUACAGUAGCUGUGCACGCGAUGUUGCGGACGUCUCAUUAGACUCGCAUUUUGUGAGAAAUAACCGGAUUUCUGCUUCAAAUCAAGGGUUUCUACUCUGAAAAAUCGAUUAAGAAAACAGAAAACACACAUCGGUAAUAAAGAAAACACAAAUAAUCGAUAUCCCAAUCGAAAACUGCGUAAAACCAUCAUUUUUUCACCAGAGAAGCAUUUUUGCGAUCAAAAUUUGCAAAUCAUACAUGAAUAGAAAGCUUUCGUGACGAAAAGAACUUUGAUGACAGAAAACAGAAAAAAUUAAAAUUUGAAAGAAACGAAGAAAAAAGCGAAAAUCCGGAAGAUGGCGAAGCCUGUUGUCCAUAAGCAACUUUAGUUCAAAGCGCCCUUUUCGCGGGAACUCAAACUUUCCUCUUUCCGACUCUGAAUUAUUUUUUCUCCAAAACUAGGAACUUCUGUACGUUUUCAAGUUCACCGUUCGAUUCACAAUGAAAAACACUACAAAGUACUGCUUUGAACUAAAACACCGUUUUUUACUGCCCUAUGCCUUUGAGUUCGGAGACGUAGCCAAGUGAAUUGAAAAGACACUGCUGAGAAUUUUUAUGUUUAGUCGAAAUUAUGCAAUUCCGAUAUUCUGCUUCAGAUUUCAGACAACCAUUUCGCGUCUGAAAUUGUAAUAACUUAUUUUAAAAAUGAGAGAAUAAUAAUAAUAAUUUACAAAAAUGCUGCUGUAUCUACCCGAGAAAAUUUUUUUAGAAUCAAAAUCUCUAGUUUUUGACCGGAUUGUUUUCACAUGUUCAAUCGAGAAAAAUAUUCAGGCGCCCGGAAAAUCGUGAAAGGCAGUGUUUCGGCGUUCCCUGGGGCCGUUGUUGAACGAGGUAAUUUGAAUCUAUUAUUUCCUUCGAAUUCAAAGAUUGUGUAUGAAUUCAUUAUUCAGAUCCUACAGGUCAUUUAUCCAAAGACAGUUCGAAGCCCUCCGAGCCUGCGGAGCCUCGUGUUUCAAAGUUCAAACAGUCAAGACUGCGAAGAUAA